AAACCGCGACGCUAUUCCGACAUUUAUUCCGGGAACUUAUUCUCCCACUGGCCGCCAUAUUCGUGGAUAAUUAAAUUAAUAAAAGGCUCCACUAAACCCUAGAUCGAUUCGAACUCUAGGGUUAGGGUUAGGAUUUGGGGUGUUCUCCCUCCGACGACGACGAUGGUGGAGACUAAUGGCGUUUCCGAUUCCCUGCAAUCGAUCUGCUACGAGCGCGGGUCCCUUCGCCUCCUCGAUCAGAGGAAGCUUCCGCUGGAGACUCUGUAUUUGGAUGUGUCGAAUGCCACGGAUGGAUGGAACGCAAUACGGGAUAUGGUGGUUCGUGGCGCACCUGCAAUUGCUAUAGCAGCAGCCCUUUCACUUGCUGUAGAAGUCUUCAAUCUCGACUUCGAUGGUACACCCGGUGACGCUGCUUCUCUCCUUGUGAGGAAGCUGGAUUAUCUUGUUUCUAGCCGACCAACUGCUGUGAAUCUUUCAGAGGCCGCGACAAAGCUUCAAAAUUUAGCACUGAAGACGGCUGAGAGUGCUACCGAGGCCAAAGCAGUUUUCCAGGCUUUCAUUGAUGCUGCUGAAGUCAUGCUUAUUGAUGAUGUUGCUGCAAACAAAGCAAUUGGCCACCAUGGAGCCAAAUUUCUUCAAGGCCAGUCAGGAGACUCCAGACUGCUCUCUGUUUUGACACAUUGCAACACCGGAAGUCUUGCUACUGCUGGAUAUGGAACCGCCCUUGGGGUUAUUCGUGCUCUACAUGCUGAAGGGGUUCUAGAAAGGGCCUACUGCACAGAAACGCGCCCGUUUAACCAGGGUUCAAGACUUACAGCUUUCGAAUUGGUUCAUGAGAAAAUACCUGCCACUUUAAUAGCUGAUUCAGCUGUCGCCGCACUGAUGAAAUCGAGGCAUAUCGAUGCAGUUAUUGUCGGGGCAGACCGAGUAGCCGCUAACGGUGACACUGCUAACAAAAUUGGAACCUACAAUGUCGCUCUUUGUGCGAAGCACCAUGGAGUACAGUUUUAUGUCGCAGCGCCUGUAACUUCUAUUGAUCUUUGUCUAUCAUCUGGCCAACAAAUAGUUAUAGAAGAGAGAUCACCAAAGGAGUUGUUAAAUUCUGAAGGGGGUUUAGGAAAGCAAGUAGCUGCACCAGGAAUCGCCGUCUGGAACCCUGCCUUCGAUAUUACUCCAGCAAACUUAAUAACAGCUAUCAUAACAGAAAAGGGUGUCAUUACAAAGUCUGCUGAGGAUGCUUUCGACAUCAGCGGUUUCUUGCAAAAUGCACAUUAAGGUAGCAGCUCUGACGAGCACUGGUACCCAGUAUGAAACAUUGUAUAUGCUUUAAUAAUGUGUGCAUCCUUAUUUUGCUCAUUGGAGCAUGUUUGCUUGGUAGUUGUACCUGAACCUUGGCUUAAAACAAUGGGAAGCUUUACUUCAUUUAUUACAAACUUGAUCAUCCAUAUCUUAAGCAGAUCCGCGUGUAUGGUAUCGACAAGGUUGAUGGUUUUCGGCGUAUAUAAAUCUUGCGUCCGAGUUAUUCCGCAUGUUGGCUUCAUUGAAUAAUGGCAGAAAUUUGGACCUGAAGGUUAUGACA